GUUCUCACAGCUAAUGUACGUUACUGACUUUUGUAAAUAUAUUGCACUUGUCGUGCCAACUUUGCAGUACCAAUCCAACAGCGAGGAAGAGGGGAACAAUCUCUAAGACUAUUGCCAUAUUUUUUAAGAUUUAGAAUAAGGUUCCCAAAAUGAAAGUUAGCUCGUUAGCUGUUUUCCCGAUUGAACUUGAACGCCACCUCCUCGGUGAGGUUGCCUCUGACAGUUAGCAUGACAUUGUUCUCACGACAAAGAGCUCAUUAGAGGACAUUUUGAUUACAUUCAGGUGGAAAAAAAUAUCGUAGGCCAUCAGGUCAGGUUUAAUUCAAUCAAAGGUUAUGCUGUCUAUGACUGGACUAAUCAAAUAAAAGGGAAAUUAGCAUGAUUAAGCUACAUGUGCAUGCUCAGAUAUUCCUAACAGCACGACACGGUAUGUAAAUUAAAACAGCGGUUUGAUAUCUGAAGACCGUCUGUUGUUAAGUUUUGAAUCGGACAACUAGAAGUCGAAUUUAACUCAACAUUUGCCAGUUUUCUCUUCACGUUAGCUGGUUAGCUUCCUCGGUUAGCAUUUUUGGCCGACCGGUGUAGCCGUAGGACAGUCCCACAGCAAGUGACGUCAGAAGGGGGGGACCACCCGUCACCGGUGUAGUUCAGUGUCCGACUUUUCUCGCUGUCAUCUCUCCGCCACCGGGACUUGAUGUUUAACCGCCUCCCCGCUGCCCUCGCACUGCUUCCCCGCCACCUGCUCUCAGCCUCACCGGGGACUUUGACCAGAGCCUGCCGCCUCCUCCACAGAAUGGAGUCGGCCAUGGUGAGGUGCCUUCCCGGGGAGCCCAAACUCACCAUCUCCUUCUGCCUGGACGGCAGCAACAAGCACAUGCUGCGGGACCAGGACGAGGCUCUGGGUAAGGCCCUGGCCCGGAUCUCCAACAGCAUCAUCAAGGACCAAAGGAAGGCGAAGAAGUCGAAGAAGAACAAGGGACAGCAGCCGUGUGAAGCCCCGGAGUCCGCCGUGGUGAAGCUGUACUAUGGAGAGGACGAGGUGGCCGACACGGUGCUGAACUCGGAGGCGUGGCAGGACGGAGCCGUGCUGCAGGUGGGGGACGUCAAGUACUCGGUCCAGAGGAACUCUCCCACCUUCACCGCCGCCGAGCUGCCAGCAUCUCUGCUGGCCGGGUUCCCCGUCUGUCCCAGUCUGGAGGUGGAGUUUGGGAACCUGCAAGACUGCGAGUUCACCUGGUAUAAAGAAAAUACCAGCAACACAAGCCCUGAUGUUGCUGGACAAGUUCCAGCUCAGGACAGCAGCUGGACAGAGGUAGGCAGUGAGAGAGUCCACGUCCCGUCCAAUCAGGACAUCGGCUGCAGGCUCAAACUGCGCUGCACACCUAAAGAUGGAGGACGCAGUGGCCAGGUGAAGGAACUGGUCUCUGUGGGAGCCGUAGAGGCCGGACCAGGCGUGUGCACGUUCGACAACCGACACGCGUACACUGUCAAAGAGGCGGCGUGGCCGGUCGUGAGGGUGGUGUCGUACAACAUCCUCGCCGAUGUGUACGCGCAAACAGAACUGUCCAAGACUGUGCUCUACCCGUACUGCGCCCCCUACGCCCUGCAGCUGGACUACAGGCAGAACCUGAUCAAGAAGGAGCUGGCUGGUUACAACGCUGACAUCAUCUGUCUGCAGGAGGUCGACAAAGGGGUGUUUACAGACAGUCUGACUCCAGCGCUGGAUGCCUUUGGUCUGGACGGCGUUUUCAGGAUCAAGGAUAAGCAGCAUGAAGGACUGGCCACUUUCUACCGCAGGUCAAAAUUUAAGCUGCUGAGCCAACAUGACAUCGUGCUGAAUGAAGCGCUGACCUCUGACCCCGUCCAUUCCACCCUGCUGGAGAAGGUUUCUGCUAACAGCACUCUGAAGGACAAGAUACUGCAGAGGUCCACCGCCCUGCAGGUCACUGUACUCGAGGAUCUGAAUAAACCAGGCAGGAAGGUGUGUGUGGGCAACACUCACCUGUACUGGCACCCAAAAGGAGGGAACGUUCGUUUGGUCCAGAUGGGCGUGGCUCUGCAACAUCUGAGUCAUGUGAUCAGCGAGGUCGCUCCCGGAGCCCCUCUGGUCUUUUGUGGGGAUUUCAACUCCAGUCCUAACUCAGGUGUGUUCCAGCUGGUCACUGAGGCUCUGGUUCCUCAGCAGCAUGAAGACUGGAGCAGCUCAGGGCUGGAGGAGUCCUGCAGCAUGGAGCUGCCCUCAGCCUUCCCUCCGCUGCUGAGCGCCUGCAGCGUGCCAGCCUACACAAACUACGUGGGAGGAUUUCACGGCUGCCUGGACUACAUCUUCAUACAGCCAGACAGCAUGCAGGUUGAGCAGGUUAUUCCUCUGCCCAGCCACCAGGAGAUCACCACAUACGAGGCUCUGCCCAGCGUGGCUCACCCCUCCGACCACAUCGCCCUGAUCUGCGACCUGCGCUGGAACCCCUGACCUCUGACCUCAAACCACUUAAAAAUGCACAGCAGAACUGGAAUUCCUUUAAACGGAAUGAAAUCUGAGCAUGGAAACAUGGACGAGCAAAGAAAUCAUCAAAUGCAGAAGUGUCUUAACUCACAAUAUGACUGAAAUGUUGUGGUUAGGUUCAUAUUCUGUUAAUAACAGUGCGAUAUUUCAUGAUUUUUUAAAAUCACUGAUAUUCAGUGUUGGGGGUUGUUGCCGGGGAAAAUGAAUAAGUUGCACAGUUUAUUUUUCUUAAAAGUAAUAAACUGAUUUGGUUGUAGAAAACUCACUUGAGUUACUGCAUCAUAUUGAGUUAAUAAUUAAUAUAAUUCUGAGCUCAUUAUGAACAAAUUUAAUGUGACUUGCUAGUUUUUUUCUCACCCUCAAACUGCUGUUCAAACAAAUUUGAGACUACAUGGACCCUGCAAAGUUUCACAAAGACAUUAAUUAAUAAAUACAUAGAGAUAUUUGAAUGAACAAAUUUAUUAAUUUUAUUAUUUUGGUCAGACAAGUUGUUCAGUGGUCCUUUUGAGUUUUUUUUAUAAAUAAAGUUUGACUUGACAUAUAA